CAUUUUCUAUCUGCUUUGUGUAGCAGAGUGGUUCUUCAAGCCAGUCAGAGAGUAACAAGGGAUUUUACAACUGGAACAACCUGUUCUCACAGGAGUCUGUGAAACAUUAGUGUCUCCGCUGCAACAGAAUAAUAUGUUGAUCAGCAAAUCAACCUCAGACACAAGGCAUGUAAUGGGCGAAGGUUUGAUUGGUAUUAGUGGUCAAAUGAAGAGCCGUUUGGGAGCCAAAGAGCCAAAAGAUCUUCUUGGUGAUCUGAGACAAAAGAUCCGGAUCACUGAAAAGAGACCAGAUCACCAUCUCUACUGUUGGUGCACACCCUUCAGCCAAUCAGAAUUGAGUAUUCCAGGUGGCGUCGGUACAUUUCACAAUAACUCACCAUGUGAUUGAUACAAUGCAACUCAUCGCUGCGUCACAAAUCCACCGCAGGCUGAAAAAAAGAUGCACAUUUCAUCGUUUUGCAGCAAAUUUAGGACAAAAAAUGUCUUUGAUUGAUACCCAAUGAAAACUAAUACUUGUCCUGAAACAAACUCCUCAGAGCUCUGCAGCACUAUGUGCUUCUGAUUUAAUUUGAUUUAACAUUGAUUCAUUUUAGCAUCAUGCUAACUGUUUUGUCCCCACAGUGUUAAAGCCACCAUGAGCGUCGUGCGGUGCAGCCUCCUCUUCCUCCUGCUCCUCUUCCUCCCGGCCCUCUCUGAAGCCAAGCGGCAGCCCGGCGAGGCCAAACCUGAGAAACCGCGGCAGCCUCCGUCGUCCCCGCCGCCGCCGGCCAAGAGAGCCAGGAACCGGUCGGUGCCGGGCUCCGGGGAGCUGAGCACCAAGGACGGCCACCGCUGCGUCUGGCAGACGUCUGGAGACGGGCUGGUCAGUCUGCUGGUCAACUGCAGCACCGAGACUCUGGGGGACACGGAGAGAUACUGGUGCCGUUACGCCGGUAAGCCUGACCUCUGCCAGGCCUACGGGGUGAAGUCCAGCCAGUACUGGAAGCAGCUGGUGGGGAAGCUGAAGAAGAGACAGAACGCCUGCGAAGGAGAGAAAGUCCUGAAGGCCAAAACCUGCAAGAAAGCUCCCGCUGAAGCCCACAUGAAGCUGGCCCAGCGCAGCGGGGAGGACCAGAAGAAGGAGGGCAAGAAGAAGAAGGGACAGCCGGCCAACGGGAAGAGCUCAGACGGAGGCAAGGCGGAGAAGAGGAAGAAGAAGGAGGAGGAGGAGGAGGAGAAGAAGAAGCUGGAGGAGGAGAGGACUGAGUUUGGAGAUGACGAAGGCUUGGUGAACGACAUGGCGCCGGUGCAGAGCUACUGCAGCGAGGGCUGGACCUCCGUCUGCUCCUUCUUCGUCAGCUUCUUCGAGGGUUGAUGGGGAACCAGGAAGGAGACGUGAAGAUGGUUUCUGGCGGAGUUCACAAUCUGAAAACAAGAUAAAGAAAGAAAAUCAAAUGAGGUCAAAUUUGAGCCACUUAGACUGGGAUUCAGUCCUAAAAUACUGUUAAUAUCAGCUUUUUAUUAUUAAGUUUGAACGAGACAAUUAAAACAUGGCAAUCUAAAUGAUAUCAAACAGUGUUUCCCCUUCGUUAUAUUAUAUCACCUGUCUGUCUCAGUCCCGCCCCCACAUCAUCUCUACUAGACUAAAUACCAUCUACCUGUCCAGGCCGGUCCCAGGUGAUCCAAACCAUCCAAACACACUGUUCAGUUAGCAUUAGCUGACAAUUAAAGUUGUUUUAAUCCCAAAAGGCUAAACUGUGCCUAAUGGUCUGAAUUACUUCCUGUGAAUAAUAAGAGCAGAUGGAUGUGUUAACAGAAUCCAUCACAGAAUUUACAAGAAGACUGUCAAAAUAAAAUCAUAAUAUGCAAUGAUUAGAUCAGUGUGUAUAAUGGAAUAGUGGCAUUAGAAUCUGUCAAAAUAAGAUUGCCUUAAGAAAACAUAGAAGAACCUUAAUUCUCCUUUACAAUAAUCAAUUAAAAUAUACCCCCCCCCCCCCCCACACACACACACACACACACCCAGCCAGCUAACAGUUAGCAUUAGCUGACAAGUAAAGUUUUUUUAAUCUCAAAAGGCUAAACUGUGCCUGAUGGUCUGAAUUACUUCCUGUGGAUAAUAAGAGCAGAUGGAUGUGUUAACAGAAUCAACCUAAGAUUUUACAAGAAGACUGUCAAAAUAAAAUUGCCUUAAAAAAACAUAGAAGAACCUUUAUUCUGCUUUACAAGAAUCAAUUAAAAUAUGCAAUGAUUAGAUCAGUGUGUAUAAUGGAAUAGUGGCAUUAGAAUCUGCGAGAAGCCACUAAAUUUGUUUUUUUUAUGGGAAACCCCUGGAUGUGUUGGCAGAAUCCACCACAUAAUUUACAAGAAGACUGUCAAAAUAAAAUUGCCUUAAUAAAACAUAGAAGAGGGGGGCCAUGCAAGUUUCCACGUUGGGAAAUAUGUGAUCCCCCCACCAAAAUAAAAGCUGUAAAGCUGGGGGAAACACUGUUAAAUCAUUAAAUCAAACCCAUCAACAUGAGUGGAAUCCUGAACUCGUUAUAAAUGUCACACUGAGUCAGUUUGUGUUAAUGAAACGUUUUAGUCUGUGGUAUAAACUUUGUUGUAGUUUGUUUCUAGAUUUGUUCGAUCAGAUGGAAGUUGAGCUGCAGUUGAAAGUGUCUAGUGAACAAUCAGUCACUGCUGGUGAUUUUAGUCCUGAUAAUUAUAGAUUUGAUGUUUUUUAUUGAUGUGUAACUAAUAUUUUCUAUGAACUUUGUAACUGUUUUGUAAAAAAAAACAACAACAAUCUGCUGUUUUUCUGUUUUGUGGCACUUAGACGCGCAUCAUUUGUUUUUAUAUUUUUCAAUGAAAUUUUUAACAUGUUUGUUUCUGGAAUUCUACAAUAAAAAAUGCUUAAAGGGA